GCGGAAGCGGCAUGCUUGACUGGGGCGGUACCGCUGCUGCUGCUGCGUGUGGAAGAGGCGCUUGAGGUCGUUUGUUUGCGAGGUUCCUAUCCGGGGCUUUAUUCUUGUCAUUUGCCGAAGGAAGCUUUCCCGUCUCUAUGCUGGCCGCCUUGGGAUUGACGCCGCCAUUAUGAUGCCCGUCUUCAAAAGCAGCCGUCGCGACUUUGCCUUCGGGCCGUGGAAGCUAACCGCCGCUCGGACCCACAUCAUCAAGUCGGCCGAUGCCGAGAGGUUAGCUGAAGAACUGCACAUGCCAUGCGUUCCAGAAAUGAUGUUUGGUGACAAUAUCCUAAGAAUUCAGCAUGAACUGCUCUUUGGCAUAGAGUUCAAUGCAACUGAUGCUUUAAAAUGUGUAAAUAACACCCAAGGAAUGGUUAAAGUUGCUUGUGCAGAAGAGUGGCAAGAAAGCAGGUCGGAGCCUGAACACACAAAGGAAAUUGUUAAACCAUAUGAUUGGACUUACACAACAGACUAUAAAGGAACUCUGCUUGGUGAAACACUAAAGUUAAAAGUUUCUUCCACAACAGAACAUAUAGAUACAGAAAAGUUAAAAGCCAAAGAACAGAUAAUGUUUUUUGAAGAAGUGCUCUUGUUUGAAGAUGAACUUCACGAUCAUGGGGUUUCAAGUCUGAGUGUCAAAAUUAGAGUAAUGCCUUCCAGUUUUUUUGUGCUGUUGAGGUUUUUCCUGCGAGUUGAUGGAGUUCUUAUUAGGAUGAAUGAUACAAGAGUUUAUCAUGAGGCCAACAAAUCAUACAUAUUGCGGGAAUAUACUUCUAGGGAAAGCAAAGUAUCAAAUCUAAAGCACAUUCCCCCAACACUGUUCACGGAACCUAAUGAGAUUGCUCAGUAUUUGCCUGUCAAGGAGCAUAUUUGUGAGAAGCUGGAAUUUCCUGAGAACUCAUGCCGUGAAUCUGCAGCUGCACCAGAAGGCACUUAAUGAGAUCGGCAUAAUCUGAUGAACUUGAUAUAGAUCCUGUUCUUAUCUUCUUGGCCCUUAGCAGUGAAGAUGAUGGGUAAAGAGGCCUGGCUAAAAUGUCUGUAGCCUUGGGAGUUUUUCCUGUACCUUCAUUGUGUCUCUGUUUUGAAAAUGCUCUGAUGUAAUAGGAAACUGCCGUUUCUGAUAUUGGAGAUUAAGAUCCCAAAUCAGGAUCAGUUAUAUUAAAGUAUGCAACAUUUCAAGAAACUGCAGAGAUGUUCAAAAAUCAAAACAAUACAAUAGUCCUUCAUAAGCGCAGUAACUUUUAAGGAUGUUGUUUUAACAUAGUCUUUUGUUAUAAAAGGACUUGUGUUUCAUAUAGUGUGAAAGAAAAUAAUUAUGUUUCUUCUCUAGGUUAAAUUUGAUUACUUUGUUGAAGAUCAUUGAUGCUUGAAAUUUCAGUUCAUUACAUUUAAUGUAUAUUGAAUGGUAUUCUUAAUAAUCCUCAUUUGCUUGCUGCCUGUCUUAUCAGAUAUGAGCUUUGUUACCUUCUAAACAAAGCUAAAUCAUUCAUUAAUUGUAAAACAAACAAGCUACAUAAUAAGUUGACUAAGUACAGAUAACAAUAGAAUCCAUUUUUGCCUGAUUCCUACCAUUUGGUCAUAAAUUAGAUGUUAAUAUGGUAUCAUAGAUUAAAAUUGUUAAUGCUC